AGGGUUGUUGAGGGUUGUUGGUUGAGAGAGUUGUCUUCGCCUUGUCUCUGUUGUCUCCAGGAGUACAACUCUGGUGGUGCUCUGCUAUUUUCGACAAGCAUAAGACGAGAGCCAAGGGUGACAUUUGGAAGGACUGACUGACCGGCCGACAGCAACCAUGUCGAAAGACCUGGGCUACAAGCAGGUGAAGAACGUGGAGUCGAGGCGGACAUGGGAUCGCGACUACUACGAGGCUAAGGCUAAGGAGAGGAUAGAGCAGGGCGACGACUACCAGGAAAAGGACGAAGGGGGGCCUGCAAGGAGAAGUCAAAAGGAGGAAUUCCAGCCGGCUGCCCUGGGGGCGGCGGGGCCAGCAGGCUCAGCGCGGGCUUACCUCAAGACCCGAGAGAGGAAGGUCGACCUGUCCUCCAAGCUCGGCAAGACGCAGGUAGUCACCGCGGCGUCCACGCCGUCCCAGCAGGGAGGCUGGUACUGCGAGAUCUGCAAGUGCGGGCUCAAGGACAGCAUCAACUACCUGGACCACAUCAACGGCAAGAAGCACCAGAGGGAGCUGGGCUACAGCAUGCGGGUAGAGAGGUCCACCGUCUCGCAGGUCAAGGACCGACUGAAGAUGCACAAACAGCGGGAAGAGGAUCGGAUUUCGGGGGCUUUGAAGAAGCCAUCCGCGGAAGACGAGUUUGACACCAGGGUGCGGGAGGCAGAGGAUAACGAAGAGCGACGAAAGCGACAAAAGAGGGAGGCGAAACGGUUGGCGAAAAAGAAGCAACAGGAGGAGGAGGAGGAGAUGGAGUUCCAGGACCCCGACAUGGCGGCGAUGAUGGGCUUUGGAGGCUUCGGGGGGGGGAGCAAGAAGUAG